AUGUCUGGCUUCGGCGCUUCACCUCCACAGACUCUAGCAAUGCCCAACAUCCAGACCUACGAUGACGACGACAUUCUUAUGGACUACGAAGACGACUUCCAAGCCAGCGCGCCAGCGCCAGCGCCAACCAACGGCAAUGCCGACGCGAUGAUGGUGGACAUGGAACCUUCGACUGCCGCCGUCACCACCGCCACAAGCUCAGAGGAAGAUGUUAUGGUUCCGGAGCGCGUUCACCUUCGCGGUGUUGAUAAUCUCAGCACAGGCCAAGUGAAAGCCUACGUCGCCGAACACUGCUCAACCCCUGUCGUGCGAAUAGAAUGGAUCGACGACACGUCCCUCAACCUUGUUUACGAGUCACCAGGUGUCGCGAUAUCCGUGCUCAACGCGCUUACAGCCAACGCCGCCGAACUAGAGCUGCCGCUCCUCGAGCUCCGUGCCGCGCGACCGUUCUCACAGUCGGUAGACUCACGAUUACUGGCUCGGAUAUCACGACCGAGCGAUCGCAAGGAGCGCGGUGCCAGGGAGCGGAGCAGGUAUUACCUUUUCCACCCGGAAGAAGACAAGGCGGAGCGGUUCGAGCGCGAGCGGAAGGAGCGCCGACCUCGCCAGGACCGAUCCCGAGACGGCAGUCGCGGGGACUACUCGCGGCGACACUACGAUUCCCGGGAAGACGCCGCGCGACGAAGAAACGACGAGUAUGCGGAGGACAUGUAUGACGAUGCGGGACCACGGAAGCGCUCGCGCCCAGCAUCUAGAGUCCGCUCCUACUCCCCCGAAUAUCGCCGUCGCUCGCGCUCGCCACGGAGGGCGCCGUCGCGCGAUCACCGAAGGAGCAGAAGCCCGGUCCGCAGCCGGACGCGCGGCGAGCGUGGCGCCUACGAAAAAGAGCCGGUGGAACUCUUCCCCUCGCGACAGCGCGCAGACCGCUCGCGAUCCCGGCAGCGGCCGCCGAAGGAGCUGUUCCCGGAGCGCGUCCAGGGCGGUGGUGGAAGCGGCAGGGAGCUAUUCCCCGAGCGCACCAUCCACGGCGGCACAACGAAAGAGCUGUUCCCCGAUAAGUCGCACGGCUUCGUCUCCACCGCCGCAAUGGACCAGUACCAGCCCACAGCGCCACUACACCCCAGCACCAACGCCUCUCGCGAACUAUUCCCCACUCACAGCACGCGCGCCCCAGUAAAGGAGCUAUUCCCCUCGCGCCCCUCCGCGACAGAACUCUUCCCCACUCGCGCCCAAGGUCACAACAAUCAGUAUUCGCGGCUAGACGAUGGCUUCCACCAGCAGCACACGCAGAAACCAAAGUCCCUCGCGGACCGCAUAACCAUGCCGCCCAAGUCGCUCGCCGAGCGGAUAUCGCUGCCAAACAAUGCCAACUCCUACGCCGCCGGCGCGUCGUCGGGCUCGCCGUCGCCCAGCGACGACUUGUUCGCGCAGAAGAUGAUGAGUGCUAAAGGAGAGGGAUUGGUCAGCGAUGAGUAUGGCGGCAGCGGAAGGAGGAGACGCGGCAGGAAGAAGGCGGAUGAGUUUAUGUGA